UGAACGGUACCAUGGUAACUACAGUACAAGGUGCCGGCAGAGUGGAGGUCCUAUAUAACAAUGUCUGGGGGACGGUGUGCGAUGAUUUCUUCUCGGAGGAAGACGCCAUGGUGAUCUGCAGGAUGCUGGGCCACUAUGGUCCAGCUCGUCACAUUCCUCGACCUCAUGGCUUUGGUCACGGCACAGGGAACGUCUGGCUGAGGAACGUCCGCUGUGGCGGCAGUGAGACGUCCCUGGCGCAGUGUACACUAACCUGGGGACGACACAAUUGUGAACAUACUGAAGAUGUGGCAAUAGAGUGUACGGAUGCAGCCUCCACCCCUGCCUCCUCCACCACCACCAUUUCCUACCCUACUCUGAGCACAACCCCUGUUACCAUAGUAACCACAGCUUCCUGUGCUGGUUUCCGUUGUCAUGGUGAUGGUGCAUGUAUCCCAGCAGUCAAUGUGUGUGACGGUCAUAACGACUGUGUCCAUGACGACAGCGACGAGCAAAACUGCACAACCCCUGAUAUAGAGGUCCGUCUGAUGUCCGGGGAGGUCAACUCCACGGCAGAAGGUCACGGUCGCGUUGAGGUCAAGUUCCGCGAGACAUGGGGCACUGUAUGUAAUGAUUUCUUCAGCGACGAGGAUGCUGUGGUGAUAUGCAGAAUGCUGGGAUUUGGAUCCACAGGCGUGGCUUUCCAUAUUCCUGGCCACAGUUAUGGACCAGGCACAGGACCAAUAUGGCUGCGGGCUCCUAUCUGUAAUGGAACGGAGAGCAGUUUGACGGAAUGCACACUGAAGUGGGGACAACAUGACUCUUGUCUACACAGUGAAGAUGUGGGUCUGUCCUGUGUCAAUCUGCCCACUGCAGGUACCUCAGUAUCUCCAACUACAUCAUUGACAGCCACAACUGCUGCAGCAACAGUAACCACCACAACUGUACCAACAUCACCCACAUCACCAGCCUGUGCUGGGUACAUGUGUCAAGACAGCUCAGGGAAGUGUAUCCCUGCUGAUCAUUACUGUGAUGGUCACAAUGACUGCUGGGACAAUGAUGACGAGGAGAACUGUACAGUACCAGACAUUCAAGUCCGUUUGAUGAAUUUCUCCAUGGAUACGUCUCAUCUUGGCCAGGGCCGAGUAGAGGUCUACUACAGAGACACCUGGGGGACAGUCUGUGACGAUUUCUUCCACCAGAAUGAUGUCACAGUAUUAUGUCGUAUGUUGGGGUUCAAUGGUCCAUCCAGAGAAGCGCCAGAUUCAGUGGGGAUGUUUGGAGAAGGCGACGGCACAGUGUGGUUGAGAUCAUUGCGUUGUGAAGGCACUGAGUCUUCUCUAACACAAUGCAGUCCAAGAUGGGGCAGACACAGCUGUGGACACCAUGAAGACGUCGCUGUGAUCUGCUCAGAAGCCGUGUCCACUUCUCCGAGACCAGCACCCACUGUGACACUCACUACCACCAGCGCGGGUUGUGCGGGAGUGCUGUGUGGUACGGGCAAGUGUGUGGACCCUGAACACGUGUGUGACGGACACGAAGACUGCUUUGACAGAGAGGAUGAGACCAACUGUAGUAUACCUGAGGUCAGUGUGAGGCUGAUGUCCAACACAACGGUCAGUACCAGUGAGGGGCGUGGUCGCGUGGAGGUCCAGUUCCGGGGUCAGUACGGGACAAUAUGUGAUGAUUUCUUCUCCAGUGAGGAUGCCACAGUAUUGUGUAGAAUGGCUGGAUUCAAUGGGACAGGCACACAGCUCCCCUCCCCGCGUGGCGUGGUGUCAGGAGAGGUCAACUACGGCCAGGGCACAGGUCCUAUCUGGCUACGGAGCCUCCACUGCCGCGGGGAUGAACAGACCAUACAUGAGUGCUCAGCUGAGUGGGGGCGGCACUCCUCCUGUAGUCACUCAGAGGAUGUGGCCAUCCAGUGCUUGAACAGCUAGAGUAUUAGGACACCUGUUUAUUUAUUUAUUUAUUUAUUUUUUAUUUAUUUAUUUAUUUAUUUUAUAUUUACAGUAAAAACUUGGAAAUUUAGUGUUGGCUUAAAAAUUUUGUAAGAAGACGAUUCUCUGCAGAAGUAAUUUUUUAACUUUGAAAAUCUCGUCAAACUUGAGAAUGAACUUCUUGAUAAUUUUGAUGUUUAUCACUUAAUACGGCAGUGUCUGAUUCCAACAUUUAAAAAAUAAAAUUAAUUAAUUUCUAAGUGAUGAAAUUUUCAAAUUUUUACUGAACAUCCAUUACCAAAUAGAUAUUGUUACCACGUUGUGUUAAGGAACAUACAACCGUAUUAUGGUGGGUACAGUGUUAUUGUCACAGUACAGAUUAUGUUUUUUUUUUUCUUUUUUUUCUUUUUUUUAUAUUGCAUUUAUUGAGCUUAAAACUGCCAGCUGCACUGCCCUAAGAGUCUUGUUUGUGGUGGCGGCCAUUUGUGUUUAUCUGAAUGUUGUAUGGAGAUCGUUGCUAGCCAACUGCAUGAGUGAGCCAAUGAUUUAUACAGUGUACAUGUAAUUAUAAUGUCACUUGCAUUGGACAUUUUAAGGAAUUCACUUGCAGUUGAUUAUGAUGUAGGUACAGUAUACUUCCAAGGUGUAAAGCAUUUUACGAAACAAUUAAUUUGCAGUUUAUUAUAUAUCAAAAUAUUUUUGAAAGUUGCAAGAAACCUGUUAUUCAUGUAAGGCAGAUAAAGAAAGUUUAUGAAGAUGUCACAAUAAAGACCUGUUCAUAUAUUGCAGUGCGUACAUUGACUUUUAGAAGGUCUAGUAUGAGCAGAGCUGUAAAUAUUGUGCUCAAAUUGCACGUCUAUUUCCCAGGUCACAAUAUCCUUAUGGUAUUCUUUCUGUGGUACAAAGAUAAGUAGGAGAAAAAUAUUGUUGAAAAAAAAAAAAAAAACAGAGUGACGUGUAGGGCCACUCUUAACUUUACAACCAUUACAUUGGUCUUUGGAAAAAACUUGGAUAGAUUACUUAACGCUAGCUUGUUCUUCUAUUUGUUAGAAUUCAUGAUGAGCAGGGUUAGCUGGGAGAGUGAUUUAGCGAGCUGAGAUGUGAUUGAAAGAUGUUAGUAUGUAUGUGUGUGUCCAGUGAGAGAGAUUCACUUGGAAACUGUGGGUGGAUAUGAUAUAAAACUGAGAGUUUGGUUGUAACAAGGAGUUUGUUAAACUGUGGGUGGAUAUGAUAAAAUGCUGGGAGUUUGGUUGUAACAAGGAGUUUGUUAAACUGUGGGUGGAUAUGAUAUAAUGCAGGGAGUUUGGUUGUAACAAGGAGUUUGUUAAAAUGCCUUGCUUGUUGGAGGCUGAGUGGGGUCACUGAAUUCUUCACAUGGUCAUAAAAUUUUAUGGAAAUAUGUAUAAAGUUAGAGCAUAAUAGAGACUGAAGAAAGUUUGAACAUUUGAGAAUAGUACAAGUGCAUGUUCCAGGAAGAUCUUCAUUAUAGUCUGAGUUUUUGUAACACAGCUUUAUUUACAUUUUAAUGAUAUGCAGAUAUUAACAGUUCUUUUCUUUUGAAAAAUAUGGAUGUAUAAAGUAUAU